AAAAUAAGCUUAUUCGCAAUCGCCAUGAAGUUCUUAACAGUUCUUGCGGUGAUCGUUCUCUGCGCAGCUGCGGCCCAAGCUGGCUCGAGUCGUCCGCAGCUGGUGCGUCUGCAUCAGGUGACUCGGCAGGAGUAUAAAGAGCUGCUCCGUCUCGCCCAGGGCAAGGAGGAGGUAUCGGAGGCCCGUUUGCUCAGCAGCUCCAUUGCUGGCAUCAAGGGAUUGGCGUCCGGCUUCGCUGCUGGCAACUUCAUUCCAGCUAUCUUCAGUUCCGGAUCCAAGGAUACACCCAAGAAGGGACGUCCACUCUGCGUGAUCUCCACCAAUGAUCUGGACCAGGAUCAGGAGAGGCGCUUGGGUCGUGUGGUGAGCAUUGAGUAUGAGCCCAAUUCCGACUCCAGCUCCGGAUCGGGAUCCAGCAGUGGCAGUGGAAGUGGUCAUGAAAGCGGACACGGCAGUGGUCACGGCGGUGGACACGGGGGUGGUCAUGGCGGUGGAAAUGGAAGUGGUAGCGAUGACGACGACGAUGAUGUGACCACUGUCAACUGCAUCCUGGUGGUCAAUGGCACCGACACCACUACUACCACCACAACUACGCCAAAACCAGGUCACGAUCACGGUCACGGACAUGGACAUGGGCACGGACAUGGUAGCGGACCCAGGCCAGGUGGCUUUUACCCACCACCUCCUCCGUUCUAUCCUCCCUACUACGGCUACCCACCGUACUAUCCUCCCUACCCAUACCCACCACCACUUCCGCCAACACACAAGCCACCACAUUCCGGCGGUGGCAAGCGAUCGGCAGAUGAGGAGGAGGAAGCGAGUCGUCUGAUCGAUGCCUACAACGGAUUCUACUACCAGCCAGAGGGUUUCACUCCAAGGAGCGCAAAGUACUCGAGGGUGAGCCAGGAUACCUCGGCCUAUCAGCCAGCCAGCUAUCCGCAGCAGGAGUAUGCCAACUCCUAUCCCAAAGUGGUGCGCAACUACGGACUGACCCAUCCUGCUCCUGUCUACGUGCGAUCGCCACAAUUCGAACAGGAACACUAGAACCAUCUGUCUUUAGAGAAAUGCACCCUUGAAUAAAAUUAACUAAAUUAUUAA